UUGAUUUAUCAAUGUAUCAUUAAAGAAUGUUAUAAUUUGAUAUCAUAAAUAUUUCUACAUUGAAUGAUAAUAAUGAAUGCAUCAUUCCUCACCUGUGACAUAAAUAUUUAUUCCUCUCUCUGUGACUUUAUUUUACAUAUCGGAUAAUGUAACUAAAAAGGCUAUCGAAACGGAAUUAACAUCUAUUUCACUUCCAAUUGUCAAACGGGUAUGAGUACACCUCAAGAAUUGAUUCAAUUGCUAACAAGUUUGAAAACUGUCAAAUUCAUCCCACGCUCUGAGUUUCGAAAGACCAUUUGCUUGGUUGACAAAAUUUUAGAGACUGUCUUCAAAAUUGAAGUAGCAAAAACUGAACUGAGUGCGAGAGAAAGAAAUAUUAUCGGACCAUUGAUUGCUGAUUCACUAAAUGUCAUUGGUGCAUGGGUGUCAUGUAGUGUAGAUCAGAUUGACGAGGCCCAUAUAGAAAAUUAUAAAAUAACGAGAUCUGGGUUAGAGUUUAUUUUUGAGAAAUAUCAAGAGUUACCAGACGGUAAAGGGAACUUUUUGGGUGCUGCGCUUCAAAAUUUCAAACUCGCAGAAGACGUAGAAGGUUGGGACCAACAGUUCAAGAACGUGAACAGUUCUUUCGAUCCUAAUGUGUUUUAUAAGACAUCGGAUGAACCAACUCUAACCGAUCAAGAGAGAAAGCAAGUUCCAGCGAGUCACUGGUGGUGGAGUAGCUAGGGCCAAAAGCAAUCGGAAGACUAAAAUAGCCAUCCAGAUAUCAGUUAGACAGUAAAGAUUGAGAAUAGAGAUUUACACAGUAUAAGCAAAGGUUACAAACACUGGUGAAUCGUAUAUUUUGUCUGCUGAUCUUUCAAAACAGUUGGCUUUGUGUCAAUCGAGUGGUAGUUCGUAAUAAACUUUUGUAGUCAUUGUGAAAGUGUCGUUUAGAUACCAUGUCAGAUUGGGGUGCACCAGAUGUCCAAGCAUGGAAGGAAGAAGCACGCGCGUUGCAACAAAAUAUGUUUCUUCGUUUGGGAGAUAGACAUUGGGACGAGUGGGACAAGACAGACGAAACAGUUCUUCAACGUAAAGUUGGAUUUGGUCUAUACGGUCAACCAGAAAAUCUUCCAGAUGGAAAUAACUUAGGGUACAACCCAGAACAGUUUAAAAAUAUAAAACGCAUUGCCGAUACUAUUUUGGAAUAUUCUAACAGCAGCAGAAUCAUUCGAUUUUACUGUAUUUUCGUGUUUGGGAAAAUUUGGGAGAAACGGUUUAACAUUCCCGUGUUUAAGGUAAAAGGAAAACAAAACCAGACCUUGUUCGUGGAUUCAGAUUGUCGUGUCUAUGAAAGCUGGCGAAAUUAUUUGGAUUCAAACCGUUUACCUAAAUGUAUGUAUUGCUAUCCGCGUGAUGGCUUGUAUCUAGGAUACAAUGGUCAAGUUCUAGUUGACUUUGGUACAUCUCCUGAAUGUGAUCUAAAAAAUAGAAUUUGGUCUUUUUUUAAUGGUGCAGCGACUGUAGUGAGUUUUGCUUCAACUACAGUCAUGGUAGCUUCUUUAUUAACUGUACCGAUAGCUGCCCCACUUCUUGUUGCUGUACAAGUAACUUCAACAGGUACUGGGGUCUAUCUUGCCGCACAAAAUGUUGUGAAUCUAGUAGAUCGUCAUAAUCAUGGUCAAAGUAUUAGCUUAAGUGAUUCAGAAUCAAGGAUGGCUUGGCUUGGAAUUGUGGGUAGUGCUUUAGGCAUGGCCCAAAGCAGUAUGUGUACCACUAUUACCCGAUCAGCUGCAGCCGGAAACGUAGCAGCCAAAGCAUUGUGUGUCACAUAUAAUGUCGUCACUGUGGGUAGUUUAACUGUUAAUGGUCUGGGGACUUUGAAUGGUUUCAUUGUAUUAGUUGAUAAAGCAGAUAAAGGUGAACUAACAUCUCUUGAUGUUUUCCAAUUUUCUGCAUCUUUCCUUUUCUUUUCGAAUAGUCUUCUGAAUGCAGAUACUGCGAAAGGAAUCAUAAAGAACACCCAAAAACAAGUACUAAACCAAUAUUGUGAUAAUCUAACACCGAAGCAGAUAGAGGAACUUUUCAAGCUCUCUGAUCAAGUCCAGGGAAAAUCCCAGUUGCAUAAAAACGCCAGUAAAAUCAAGGCAGUUAAUCAUAUUGGGGAUAAACAAGCUUUUUUUGAAAGUCUUGUGACCGCUAGAAGUGAUCUUGAAGGACACCAGGUACAAUUUUCCUUUGAAGAACUUGGUCUUAUUAAUAUUGACAAUGAGCUUCACAUCGCUCCUAAUAAACUCGUUCAAAUCUCAGACAUGGAUCGUCGGGCAAUUCUUGACGCCUCUCACAAACUUAAAAACUCCGCUAUGACCGAUGCUGCGUACUGGAAAAGUAUUGAAAAAGUUUUGCAAAAGAAUCGCGUUAAAAUGCAAUACCAGAGGCGCGAGGCUAUAGCGCAAUUGAAAAGAGCAUUUCAAACGGACAACCUGGAAACUGUAAAAAUCGGAAAAGAGAAUAUUUUUAAAAAUAUGAAGCCGUCUGAAUUGGACAGAUUGGCUAAUGUGAUGACAAGUUCUGGUAAAAAUUAUGAUCCUAAAGUCUUAGAAAUAGCAAACGAGUUUGCCAAAAUGCGUCAUUGCAAGACUCCGGGUGAUUAUAGUAAUUAUGUAGAGUUUGCAUCGAAGUAUUUGAAUGAUUUGAAAGUCCACAAAGAAGCAAAUUACCAGAAAGCUUUCGAUGAAGCAACAAUUAAUGGACCCGUAAACAGAAACGUAUUUGCAAAAUAUAGAAUUCAGGGUAAAAGAUCAGAGCAUUUUAGAAACGAAGUUUUCAAUGAGUUCAAAACUAACCGCGAGAACAGUUUCAAAGCUCUUGAUGAGGUGUACACUAACUUGAAGAGCACUGUUCUACCAGUUAAUGCAAAAGCAGUUCCCAAAUUUGCGUCCGAAUCAGCAGCCAUUUACCAUGUCUUCAAACACUCUGAAUUUGGUGAUAAGUUGUUGACACCAGAGCAAUACUUUGACAUUGCAUCGAAUCUUGUUAACGAACCCGUAAAUCAACAAUCAGCUACGCUGAAUCAACAAGGGAAUAUAUCAAUGGUCGUAUUUACUAACCCUAUCAAUGGUGCUAAAGGAGUAGUAUACGAGAAAUUAGCAGAUGGGACUCAGUCACUGGCAACACUUUUCUUCGACUAUAAAGUUUAAAAUCAAUAUAAUUUAUAAAAGAUGUUGGCAUAAGGAAAUUUAUGUUUUACACCUGCAUACGUCAUCGCCAUAAAUUGACUGAAAUUUGGUUUAGUUAAGAAAUUUAUUUUGUAUUUGCUGUAAGCAAUUUCUAAUGCAUAUAUAAAUAUAAUUUUCCUUAGUAUGACAAAUAUUUA